AUGACUGUUAUUGGUAGUCGUUAUAGCCACACGAUAACAGACGUUUUUCUGCCUAAAUUGCAUGAUAUUGGUAUGGACGACAUGUGGUUUCAACAAGAAAGAAAUAAUUCAAUUACUGGUCUUGUACUCUCUCGUUUCAAAGGGUUUUGGAAAUAUCGUAAUAUAAAGCAACACUUGCCAACGGUCUAUGGUCUACCGUUUAUAGGGAUUUUGCAUAAGUUUGUGCCGUUGCAGAAAUUUUUCUACGUAGUUGGUUCCUAUUUUGAAAUUUUAAAUUCCUGGUCUUACUUAACUUGGUUUGGCAAUGUCCCUUUAAUUAUUACCAUUGAUACGGAUAUAAUUAAAUACAUUCUAAACUCCGAGGUGUUUCUCAAUAAGGCUGGUGUUAUCUAUGGAACCAUGAAUGAUGCAUUACCAAAUGGUAUCAUUACCAGCAAAUAUUUCAAAUGGAAGCAUAAUCGUAAAUUAAUGAAUCCCUCGUUUACUCCCCAAAUCAUACAACAUUUUAUGCCGAAUUUCAAUAACUGUUCCAAACAGAUUUCUAAGUAUUUUGAUUCAUUGAGAGUUGGAGAGGAACAUGCGAUUUUUGCUCGCUUAAAACAGGAAAUUUUGGAAAUGGCUGUAGGUACCACUAUGGGCACAGUACUGGCAGAUGGUGAAAAUGUUAAUGGAAGUCUGGCAAAUAAUUUUAAUAGAUUAUUGGGGAAACUGGUUACUGGCAUUUCAUUAGCGUUCAUAAAACUCUCAUUUCUAAUACGAACACCCAGUUAUUAUAAAAUAAUUGAGAAUUUAAAAGGCUAUAUGGAGAAUUUAAUCAAACGUAAAAUGGACUUAAUUGGAAUAAAUGAAGAAAAACACUUUUUAGAUCGUGCUAUAAAAUAUCAACAACAAGGAAUAUUUGAAAUGGAUGAUACCAUAACAGAAACCUAUACCAUGAUUAUUGGAUCUUUCGAGACCGUUUCUACCACCCUUUACUCCGUCAUCACAAUGUUGGCCAUGCAUGAGGAUGUUCAAAGCAAGCUUUACCAAGAAGUAUCCCAAGUUAUUUCAAAUUCCAAGCAUUUAGAUUAUCAACAAUUGGAUCAGUUAACCUAUUUAAAUAUGGUUAUCGAUGAAACAUUACGCUUAAUGCCUCCUAUACCCCUUAUAGGAAGAGAGACAUUGGAAACUUGUCAUUUGUCUGAGAAUAUUAAACUGCCCAAAGAUUUUCAAAUAUUAAUUUCCAUAUUUCACUUACAUCGUCGUCAAGAUCUUUGGGGUGCAAAGGCUCAACAAUUUAAUCCGGAUAAUUUCUUAGCGGAGAAUAUCGAAAAACGUCAUCCAUAUGCUUAUAUACCUUUCUCAAAGGGUGUCCGAAAUUGUAUAGGCUGGCGUUAUGCUCAUAUUGCUUUAAAGGUUUUAGCGGUGAAUCUUGUCAGAGAUUUUCAAUUUCGUACCGAAUUUUCUUACGAUAAAUUGAUAUUUAUAAAUCAAGUGAGUUUGCGUUUUUUGAACGAACCGAAAAUACAAUUUGUGAAGAGGAAUAAUGUUAACAGAGCACACAUUGGUGUCUAA